UAUACAAUAAUAUGAAAAACAAUUACGGACGACGUGUUUUUUGUAAACAAAGUGCACGUGUAAAAGUUGAAGGUGCAUGCAUGUUGUUUGUAGAUGAGCAAGAUCUGUUAGACUGUUAAAUCUUGUCUUAUAAUCUGAAUGUGCUACAAUGUCAGAAGUGCCACUACGUAGCAAGAUAAUGCCAGUUAUGAAAAGGACAGAGUUACCUCCUCCUACUUGUUAUAUAAAGACAUUGUUGAUUAAAAAAGUUGAAGAUGGAUUCAAUGCUAUGAAAGAGAUGUUGUCAGACAGUUUGACUAUAUUAGAGAAACAGGAAUCUCUAACAAUGGAGAGUUAUGUUUUGUCUAGAAUGGUAUAUAAAAUGAACAGUCAGUGGAGAAGGGAAAAAUCUAUGCAGGGAUUGAAAAGAAUUAAGACUUGUUUGAAUAGGUACAAAGACUUGAAACUUGUUGAAUAUGUUGCAGAACUCAAAGACCAUUUUGAUGGGUGUGAUUUGUACCUUGGAGAAGUAUAUCUACCAGCACAACAGAUGAUAGUUUAUUUAUUGAGACAGAUGAUGUGCUUGGCAAGACUGAUGACACAAAUGUGCAAUUACUGCAAGUACACAUAUGUAUAUAUUAGUCAGAAUAUAUCCAUUGGAAACUUUAUACCACAGAACAUGGUGUUCUUGUCAAUGGUCAGCAGAAUAUGGGCACUGGGAAAGUCAUUAGGUCUUCAUUCUGCAAGAUGGUAUGAAGGAAUUUACAAAUGCUUAGAUGUUUUUCCUCAAACACAGGUACAAACAGUAACAGCAGAUCUUCCUAGUACAUUAUCAUCAUUCCUGACUACAGAAGAAUUUCAAUCAGAUAGUCUUGAGGACAACAUAUCACCCAGUCCAGAGGACUUAUCUAUAGACCCUGAUGAGGACAUGGAUGCUCAACCAGAGGCCCAAUGGGAAGAAGAUACAUCUAAAAUAGACAUUGUUGAAACAAGCAAACCAGAAAAAUUAGUUAGUGAUAAAUUAUUGGAGAGGAGAAGCAUCUUGAACAAUGCCAUGGAACUGAGUGAUAGUGAAGAUCUUGGUGAUGUUGUUGUCAGACAAGCACCAAAGAGCCACACUUUACGUAGAGAUAGUCAAAACAAUCAGAUAGCAGAUGAUGAAAACGUGGAAGAUUUAGGAUUGCUUGUAUCUAGAAAAGAAUUAUUUAAUAAUUGUGAUAAUUUUGAUAAAAAGAAUUUGAAACAAGAAAUUGUAAACUGUAAAUCCUUCAAAAAAUUGAAAGAUAUAUUAAAACAAUUUGAUGAUUUUGAUAAGAAUGCUCCUCAUUUGAAAACUUGUGAAAAUAAGCUAAGAGAACUAAAGAAGGAACACUUACUUUUGAAAAGAAAUGGUUUUAAAGAUAAUCAGUUUAUUGAACAAGCCAAAGAGGAGUUGAUUAAGUUGAUAAAUUUAUCUAAGGAUGAUAAAAUUCUAGAGGAAACACGUAAUGAACCAUUAACUAAGAAAGACAUUGUUGAUAUCGCUGUUCAUGUCAGUGAAAAAUUAUCAAAUUCUGAAACAGUGAGGAAAUCAAACCACAGAGAUUUUAGUAUUGAGGAGAUAUUUAAGAAACCAUACAAAAACCUAUUGAAAUUAGUUGAAGAUCAGGGAAUUGAUACUUCAUCCAAAAAAAGACAAACAAAAGUUAAAAAGUGUUCUGUGAAUGUUAAAACCAUAAGAAAACAAUAUAUGGAAGAAUCGAAGAAGAAAAAGAAAAAACAAUAUGUCAAACUAGCGGAAGAGAAAGUAAUUGAAUUGCUAAAUUCUUUCUCCUAAUUAUUAAAGUUAUUUAAAUGCA